GUCGCUCUGCCAUUGGCUGGUGGCGCUAGCGGCGCGGAUUGGCGCCUUCCCGGCGCGUUGAGAGCUCGGCGGGUGACUGGGCGACCUCAGACGCUGGUCAGUGUCCUUGGUGUUCUGGUGGACAGUGGUCCUGCUGGCUCGCUAGCUCCUCAUGGAGGACGGGGGUUCGACGGCCUCUGUGGAGGACCACCAGGGCCCAGGCGGGAGCCCCUCCCUGCCGGUGCCCCCGGAGGGCCCCACCGCGCCCGCUGCCUUGGAGCCUGGCAAGUCCGGGUCCUCAGCCCACAGACACGUGAGCAGGAGGACCGGGCUGUCGAAGCUCUGCCAGAGCCGCAUGGCGCUAUCGGAGGAGGGGUGGAGCUCCUACUGCCUGUCGUCACUGGCCGCCCAGAACAUCUGCACGAGCAAGUUGCACUGCUCGGCCGCGCCCGGGCAGGCGGACCUCACGGGGCCCCCGGGCGGCACGUCCUGCUGCUCCCUGCUGCGGGCCCUGUCCUCGGGGUGGUCCACGCCGCUGCUCCCAGCCCCCGUGUGCAACCCCAACAAGGCCGUGUUCACCGUGGACGCCAAGACCACAGAGAUCCUGGUGGCCAACGACAGGGCCUGCCGGCUCCUGGGCCACAGCAGCCACGACCUCAUCGGCCAGAAGCUCACGCAGUUCUUCCUGAAGCCGGACCCCGACGUGGUGCAGGCCCUCAGCGAGGAGCACGUGGAGGCCGACGGGCACGCCGCCGUCGCGUUCGGCACUGUGGUGGAUGUUGUGAGCCGCAGCGGGGAGAGGAUCCCGGUCUCCGUGUGGAUGAAGAGGGUGAAGCAGGAGCGCAGCCUCUGCUGCGUGGUCGUGCUGGAGCCUGUGGAGCGGGUCUCAGCCUGGGUGGCAUUCCGGAGCGACGGCACCGUGACGUCCUGCGACGGGCUCUUCGCGCACCUGCAUGGCUUUGCGUCUGGGGAGGACGUGGUUGGGCAGCGCAUCACAGACCUCAUCCCUUCCCUGCAGCUCCCCCCUCCUGGCGAGCACGUCCCCACGCACCUCAAGAUUCAGAGGUCCGUUGGAAGAGCCAGGGAUGGCGCCACCUUCCCUGUGAGCCUGAAGCUGAAGUCCCAGCCCGGCAGCAAGGAGGCUGCAGAUGGCGAGGCGGCCCCCAGCGGGGGCUACUCAGCGUCCGUCUGGGUGUUCUCCACCAUCAGUGGGCUCAUCACGCUCCUGCCGGAUGGGACCAUCUACGGCAUCAACCACAGCUUUGCCCUCAUGCUGUUUGGUUACGGAAGGGCUGAGCUCCUGGGCAAGAACAUCACCUUCCUGAUUCCCGGUUUCUACCACCAAAUGGACCUUGCCUACGACAGCUCCUUACCUCUGCGGGACCUGGCCAGCUGCCUGGACGCUGGCAGCCAGAGUGGGCCUGGGGUCAGCACGGGAGACGAGCCUGCCGGUACAGCCCAGGAUCCAAAGGUGGACACCGAGACCCCAAAGCCAGCAGAGAGCCAGGACACAUGCCCCACGGCCCCUGGGGGCUCCCUCCCCGCCUGCCCGCUGGCACCGCCCGCUCCCAGGGGGGAACGCAUCCCAGGAGGAAGCCGGUCACUGCCCGAGUGCCCGCGAGAUGUGCCUGAGGGAGGCCCAUCCGCCCGCAGUGGCCCGUCGUCACCCGAGGGCCAGCAGCGCUCCGUCUCAGAGCAAGAGCAGCCGGCAACAGCGGAGCACCUCAGCCGGGGCCUUCAGCGGGGGAGUCAAUCUGAGCUGGGGGACACGAAGCUGUCUGCUUCCCAGGAAGACUCAGAAGCUGCCAUCCCCGGUGCAGACAGGAGUAGUGGGGAUGAGACGCACGGCCCGUGUCAGGAGGCGUGGGGGGAGCGGGGCAGCGCCAGUGAUUCAGACCAGGGCCCUGACGUUGCCACGGCCGUGCCCCACACUGAGGGUCGUCUGGCUGGGCAGGGCCCCCAGGGGGAGCAGAGCGCACUGCCAGGAAGCCCAUGCUUGGCCCCCAGUCCCGCGGGGACGCUGCAGCUCUUGUUCUCGACGCCGCCUUUGGACGAGCCCUGGCUGGAGGCGCGGCAGGACAGAGAGGAGCUGUAUACGUGCCUGAUAAAGGAGCAGCUGUCCGCCUCGAGCCUCGCGGGGCCUUGGGGCGUCUCCUACGCCGAGCUGGUCCUGAUGGGGCAGCCCCCGCUCUCUGCCCCUGCGUCCUUGUCGGACCUGAGAGCCACAGAACCACGGGGCGGCCGCUCGGGCAGCUCCUCGGCCUGCUAUGCCCUGGCCACUGACCUGCCCGGCGCCCUGGAGGCUGUGGAGGUCCCGGAGGCUAGCGAGAAUUCGUUUUCCUGGAACCUCAAGGAGCUUGUUUUCAGGGACUGGACAGACCGAACUUCUUCUAACUGUUCGUGCGCCACGUCUGAACUGGGGGGCACACCCUCACCUUCGCUGGUGGGCUCGGACGCAGACGUGGGUGCCCUGCACAGGCAGCGGUCAGAUGUGCCGGACGACCGGGAGCUGCUGCUGCUGACCGGCACCUGUGUUGAUCUGCGUGGGGGCCGACGCUUCCGUGAGAGCCGCCUGGGCCUGGAGGAGACAGAGCCGUCCCAGACCUGUCUGGUGUCCUCCGAGCACCAGGAUGCGAACGGCCGCGACAGCCCGAGCUGUGUACUCCCCGUGCUGGCAGCCGGCCCUGAGGAUGAGUGCCCACUGGAGGCGCCUGGGCUGAGCCUCCACGUCACCUCCACGCCCGUGAGAGCCGAGGGCCCCGGCCCUGCACCCCUCAGGGCGGCCGACCUGCAGCCGGAGAUCCAGGAGGGCACCUACGCGGGGAGCUGCUACCACCGGGACGGCUCGCAGCUGAGUGUGCAGUUCGAGGUGCGGCGUGUGGAGCUCCAGGGCCCGGCCACCCUCUUCUGCUGCUGGCUGGUGAAGGACCUGCUGCGCACCCACCUGCUGCUGGCCAGCCUGCCUAGCUCUGCCCACUCCACCUGCGAGCUGCCCACGGCCAGCCUGGGGGAGGUGCUUGGAACCAAGCCCUGGUUUGAGGAGCCCCCCAAGGCGGUGGAGCCAGAGGGGCUGGCGGCCUGCGAGGGGGCGUACUCUCUUAAGUACAGCACGCUCAGCCCGAUCGGCAGUGGGGCCUUUGGCUUCGUGUGGAUGGCGGUGGACAAGGAGGCGAAUAAGGAGGUGGUGGUGAAGUUUAUUAAGAAGGAGAAGGUUUUGGAGGACUGUUGGAUUGAGGACCCCAAGCUUGGGAAGGUCACUUUAGAGAUAGCCAUCCUGUGCAAGGUGGAGCAUGCCAACAUCAUCAAGGUGCUGGACGUGUUUGAGAACCAAGGCUUCUUUCAGCUGGUAAUGGAAAAGCACGGCUCUGGCCUGGACCUGUUUGCAUUCAUUGACCGCCAUCCCAGCCUCGACGAGCCCCUGGCAAGCUACAUCUUUCGACAGCUGGUGGCGGCCGUGGUGUACCUGCGCUCCGAGAGCAUCCUCCACCGGGACAUCAAGGACGAGAACAUCGUCAUUGCCGAGGACUUCUCCAUCAAGCUCAUCGACUUCGGCUCGGCCGCCUACCUGGAGCGGGGCAAGCUCUUCUACACCUUCUGUGGGACAAUCGAGUACUGCGCGCCCGAGGUCCUCAUGGGGAACCCGUACCGGGGGCCAGAGCUGGAGAUGUGGUCCAUGGGGGUCACGCUGUACACACUGAUCUUCGAGGAGAACCCCUUCUGCGAGCUGGAGGAGACCAUGGAGGCCGCGAUAAACCCCCCGUAUCUGGUCUCGGAAGACCUCAUGAACCUCCUGUCUGGGCUGCUACAGCCUGUGCCCGAGCAGCGCACCACCCUGGAGGAGCUGGUGACAGACCCCUGGGUGACACAGCCCGUGAACCUGGCGGACUACACCUGGGAGGAGGUGUGUCGGCUAAACAAGUCAGACAGCAGAGCUCUGUCCACCGUCGGUCUGGAGCUGGACAGCAGGAGCCCCAGUGCCACGGCUCGGGCCCCAGAGCCCCACCGGCCCCCGUGCAGCAAGGCGGGACCCAGAGCGCCAGCUGACCCGGCUCCCUGCUGCUCUCCGGCACUCGGUUAG